CCACCCCUCUCCCCUCCCGUCUCCUACCCAACCCCCAUCUUCUGCCCCUGAUAUUCCUUCCUCAUCUUGCCUCGCUUCCGCUCCAUCUCAUCUCCCCAUGGACGGCGGCACCGCCACCGUCUGCUCCAUGUGCGGGGACAUCGGCUUCCCCGACAAGCUCUUCCGGUGCGCGCGCUGCCGCUACCGCUUCCAGCACUCCUAUUGCACGAACUACUAUGGCGACGGGGCACCGGCCUCGGCGGGGGCUGACAUGUGUGACUGGUGCCUCGGCGAGGUCUCCGGGAAGGCCAGGAAGAGCGCGUCCACAUCUGGGAAGCAGCACGCCACCGGGAGCCACGACUCGGCCACGACGGGCUCGUCCGGCAGAACCAACAAGGGCGGCGACCAGGAGACCGAGCGCCGAGGGUCGACCAAGGUCGGAGGCCGCAGGUACAAGCUGCUCAAGGACGUCCUCUGUUAGAAGUUAGUUGUUAGCUUGUAGGCGCCAUCUUGCAGGCCUGAUCGAGGAUGACCCAUAAGUAAUACAGUACGUGCUAGCUAGUUACGAGGAGUUAGCUUGUUGUAGCCAAGGUCGGUAGUUAUACUAGUUUCGUCGAUCGAUGUGCAUAUAUGAGUAUUGUAAGUAUAUGCUUGUUUGCUUAUGUGUUACUUAGGAGUAGCAGCAUCCGCUCGUUUAUAUAUAGUACUCUGGCUUGGUAAACCUUAUCUUA